AUGUCCGAACCGACCGCGAAGGAUGGGAAUCAGGAGGCCGCCUCGAAUCUGCGUCCCCCCGAACACGCGUACCUCUCCGAUGCCCGCGGGCCGCUAGACGACCGGCCGCGUCACGUUCAAUCGCAGACCUCGCUCCGUUCGCAAUCUCAGAUCGCGUCCAUCCCGUCCCAUACGGGUCAGCCUAUCGGCCCCGAGGCUGACGGACCGGAAGAAUUGGCCUGGGGUCCUGCCCAUCCGUGCUACCCUCAUAUCAAUCCUCAUGUACCGCUAGGCUCGCAGGAAUACCUGACGACGCGGAUCAUCCGUAUCCGACGGGAUUGGAUGGUCAAGGGAGAUCUGGCGCCGACGUUUUCCAACUUGUACCCCGAGAUUCUCGAUCCCUUACUGCCCGAGCAGGAAUUCCGCAAAGUGAUCUCCACGAUCAAUGACGAACUCAUCAAAGCGUUCGAUCCGUUCAGUCUGCGCAACUGGAUUGACAGCGCCUUGGGCCUCCUGACUGGCUGGCUCUGGGAAGAUAUCGGAGCCCCGGGGAUCAAGAGCCAUCUCAAACGAGUGGAAGAUUGGCUGGAGAGAUGGAACCGAGAGGUUGGCGAAAAGGACGGUGUGCAUAUCUGGAGUCUGCGACGGACUGCGUAUAUGUCGUUGGACAUCCAGAUCCCCGACCCCAAGGUGGGCAUCAUCCCCAGCGAGGGCGGUCCAUCGUUACCAGGAACUCGACCCAACAGUGGCAUUGGACGCGACGUCUGA